AAUAAAAUUUUAUUUUUAGUCCUCUCAGUAAUGAGGUCCUAAUCUGAAACUUAUUUAGCUUCUACGAAAUGUGAUGUUGCCACAAUAGAUACCGUAGAUUUCCUACAAUGCAGGAAUUGUAAUAUGUGUGCGUAAUUAUUAUACUCACUGGGCAAACUUUAUCCAUGGUCCUUUGAUUCCCUGCCUCAAUAAAAUACAUAUGUGAACGUACUCUGUCGUUUGGUUUAUAUUCAUGUCUUAAGUACGACUUCAGGAGUAGGAUAGUGUACGUCUAGUGAGGCAGCUAUAGUUUCAAAUUGUUCUGAUAAUGGAUUCGUCGCAGCUGUCUGGGAAUGUAAAUUAUGAAAAUGAUAUUCAGCCUAUGCCCACUCAGUAUGAGACUGGAAUGCCACCUGCUCGGGAUCCAAAUGUUGGAUCGCCGUAUAAGGCCCUAAGAUCUUCCAUGAGUAUGAAUUUAGGAGUAUUCAGAGAACCACGUGGUGUUAUGCGUAUCCUUCAAUUUAUAUUUUCAAUAUGUGCAUUUGCAACAACAACAGGAUUUUCUAGUUAUGUGGAAAUAACACUUAAUUGUGAAGAUAAAGCAUUUAAACUUGAAUAUUCAUAUCCCUUCAGGCUGGAUCAUGUUCAACGAACGGUUGACUUUUGUAAUAAAACUGAAUCCUUUCACCUGAUUGGAGACUUCUCAUCAGAUGCUCAGUUUUUCGUUGCCACCGGCGUGCUCUCGUUUUUGUACUGUAUUGGCAUCAUUUUUGUGUACGUUAUGUUUGAUGCAAUGUACCAGAGCAAUGGACUACUCCCCUUGGCUGAUUUCUUUUUGACUGUGACAUUGGCAGUAUUUUGGCUUUCUGGUAGUGCAGCUUGGGCUAAUGGCUUGAAUGGACUGAAAGGAACAACGCAUAACAUUAUUAAUACUAAGCAGUGCCAUGAAGUAUGUAAAAGUCUUUCAUUUGCAAGUGUUUCAGAGCUCACAAUCUCCGUGAUUCUUGGUUUCUUGAAUUUCUUUCUGUGGGCUUCAGAUCUGUGGUUCUUAUACAAAGAAACACCUUGGUUUAAGUUGAAGCAAAGUACUGAUGUCAACUCAGCUGCUUAAACCUUUGUAAGAAUUUAUUAUAACCAACUAUUUUUGAGUUGGGGUUGUUUGUUGAAAGUAAUAUGCCAGUUGAUUUCACCAAAAAUUUAUAUUUUGUAUUAAUAGAAACUUCUGUUUUAUUAACUCUUAGUUCUGAAGUAGUUACCUAAUUAUAGAAGGUAGAGAGUUCGGAUUACCGUGACCUCUUAUUUAUGUUUAACAUAGUAAAGUACUUUUUUUUUUAAUUUGGUUUUGUAUGGUGGAGUAUUGUUUUAUAAAUCUUUUUUGGCUAAGUGCCUCCUGUCAUCACAUGAUUCAGUUCUGUCAUUAGCCACCUAAUAUUUAGUAUUCUUUACACGUAUUGAACACAAAUGUACGAAGUUCUAGUUAUGAAUGUAUAAGUAGUAGGAUAUGAUAAUCACUAAAAUGUCUUACCUACAUAAUUGAACCAUCACCACGAAUAUUUCAUUUUAAAACUGCUUCCUUCUGAUUAAUAUCUUUGUUUGGCCUUUGCAGUUGUUUUAGUAUAAUGCUCGGUUGCUAAAUAAAUGUUCUUCCAGUGGCAUAUUCAUGUACCUUACUGAAUUCGAAGAAAUAUGUUGCUGUUGGCAUUUAGAAUCAAGAACUAAAAAUCGUUCUUAUACUUUUGUUGUCUCUGAAUCUGAGAGAGGAACAUAGAUUGCAGGUGUUGUUGGGAAUACUUGAGCCUGAGAGAGAAGACGACAGGAUCUGGAGAAAACUAUAUAAUGACGAACUUAAAAAUUUGUACUCCUCCCCCAGUAUUGUCAGGGUGAUUAAGUCAAGAAGGAUGAGAUGGGCGGAACAUGUAUCGUGCAUGGAUGGGAAAAGAGAUGUGCACCCGGUAUUGGUCGGGAAGCCU